AUGGCUCCGAUCCACCCUGGCGAAAUACUCAAAGAAGAAUUAUUAAUCCCGUGCGGUAUUAGCCAGAGCCAAUUAGCCCAGGAAUUAAAAAUUUCUUUUCGUAGAAUCAAUGAAAUCUGUCAAGGAAGAAGGCCAAUUACUAUUGACACUGCUUUAAGAAAAAGAAAUCCCACUCCCAAUCCGUUUAUGAAUUAUACCCCCACGCAAUUAAAACAAGCUUACCAAAUAGUAACUAAUGACCUCUUCAAUUCUUUAUUAAAAGCUAAAGAUAAAGAAACUAUUAAAUUUGGUCAUUUAGACACUAAUUUUCAGUCAAACCCCAAAGAAACUAACUCAACUGCUAACGGCGGUUUUGCUAAUCAAACCACAACUAAUCAACCACAGCAGUCUGGAUUAUUAACCAUUAUCGGGCAAUUACUGCCGUUAGCUCCGUUUGCUUUUGAACAAUUUACUGGGCAAAAAGUUCCGGCGAUGACUGGCACUAUCGCGGAAAUGCAAAGUUCUUUAUUAUUAAUUCAAACUAAUUUACAAACUAUUGCUAAUAAUCAACAAGCGUUAAGCCAACGACUAAUUGCUCUCGAGACUAACGCGGUGCAACAAUUGACUGCCCUCACUCAACAAUUUCACUCGUUACGACUAACCCAUACCAAAGAACGGAAAGAAAUUGAGUAUAACCCACCCAAAUUAGAAACUGACAACUAUUAA